UAAAGCAAAUAGCAACAUAAAAGACACUGAAGGAGAUCCUCGAACGGAAUAAUUUACUGUAGCCGAUUGGUUGAAAUGUCCAUGAGCUUAAGAGUAUAUAUUUGUUUUACCAAUACUACGGGAAAGAAUGAUCAAAUAUCUCUUGAUUAUUUAUCUAUGGACGCCAGUUGUCUCACAUGGGUCCAGUGUAGGAUGUCCUGAAGGAGUUCAUUUUAACUCUGUGAACCUGAGGAACAUUGCAAAGUGGCAUCCUGGGAAAGACACACCAAAUGACACACAUUACACAGUGGAGUAUGCAAUUUAUGGUGACAGAAUGGAUAGUGGGGCGACACAGGUGCGCUGGAGGGUGAAGAACCAGUGCAGAGACAUCCCUCAGACCCAGUGUGAUCUAUCCAAUGAGACCACUGACCUGGAUGAAGGCUACUUUGCCAGAGUCAAGGCUGUGGGCACAAACCUAUCCUCCAAAUGGGCAUUCACGGAAAAGAGGUUUGACCCCAAAGCUGACACAACCUUUGGACCUCCACUUGUAAAACUUGUGCUGAAGGAGAAUAGUGUUACUGUCAAGCUGAAGGGUCCAAUGAGAUGGAAGACUGGAAACAUGACAAAAGAGUACUCCUUGUUGAAAAUAUACCCUCAGAUGACAUACAACCUCUCUGUGUACGACAACAGAAGCAACAAAACGCAUCACUUCACUGUGGAAAACAGAUCCUUUGAAUAUGGGUUGCUUUCCUAUGAAACCCAGUAUUGUUUCUCUGCUAAUUCCCAGGUCCUGUCACUUCCUAUACCUUGGCAUGCCUCUGAAUGGCAGUGCCUAACAACCCCAAAGGAUCCCUUCUACGAUCAGCUGCUACUGAUGCUGAUGGGAGCCAUUGUACCAUCAGUUAUCUGCCUUUUCAUGCUGAUCCUGGCCGGAUGCCUUUUCUACUACUUUGUCUGUGGUAAUAAACAGAAAAGUCCCCCUUUCCUGGAAAUAUUGGACGUUCAGAACCCACCGCAGACUUUCUGUCCUGAGCAUACUGUGACAGUGAAUGUGGUACUGGUCAACAUUGCCAAGCCCAUGGAGUUGAUAGCCAUAAAGCCUAACAACAUCCCUACCCUGAUCCACCAAACAGAGUGGGAGCUCGAACUACCCUACACUUCCCAGCAAGCCCCUGGCAUAGAACCUCCAAAGGAGGGAUCAUGCGAAGAUGAAUUCGAUGAGGCCCAACCAGAGCAUCUAGACUACGGCUUCGUUGGAGCGGCCCCAGCGAUGCCGGAAGUAAGAGAAAGUGAGGCAUCUGACAUUGAGAAAACCCGGCCCCUGCGUCUCAGCCAGGUCAACCCGUACAUAGCACAGAGAUGUGCACCAGGUUCACAGGAGCCUGUAGAGAAUGUUUUGACUGGGAUGUGUUUAGACAUGGACCCCAAGACAGGGCUCUUUAGAAUGCCACUGCUGUCUGAUAUAAAGCUGGGGGUGGAGAGCACAAGUUACAAAGAGCCUGAUCAAAUGGGUCCCUACGCACCACAGCACGUCUCUGUCAGAGAGACCACUGAGGGGGACCUGUGGGGAGACAAAGCUGAAGAGCCCCAAAGUUACCCCUCAGACUACGGCUUCGUGGGAGCAGCCCCAAAGCAGCAGAUGGUGCCAACAAAGUACCAGACGCGGUCUAACAGGAGGGAUAAUCAGCCCCUGCUGCUAGCCCAGGUCAACCUGUACAGAAGCCAGAGGCAAGCUCUGUUUCCACAGGAGUCUGAGGAAGAGGAUGGAUUAGGUGGUGGUAACUGUGUUGACUGGAGCCCUACAACAGGGAUCCUCCAGAUGCCUUUGCUCUCCAAGCCUAUUCCAGAAGUGGAGGGAGCAAGGAAGGACAGGGAGUCAGAGCAGUUGGAGAUCUUACCCAGUGUGUUAGUGAGACAAUCCUCAGAGGAGAGUGAGGGUGAGAGUGACCUGACUAAACUACAGAAUGUCUGGAGUCUACAGAUCAACAUGGAGGACUAACCUAUCAGACAGUUAACCUAUUGGACACUUAACCUAUCAGACAGUUAACCUAUUGGACACACAUUAUUACAGCAAAAAAGUUUGUUUACCGUAUGUGGAAGAAUAAUUCAGAUUGCUGUUUGUACCAUUUGAUUCAGUUGCCAAAUCAAAUGAAGGACAUCUUUUUAACUAAUCCAAAAUGCUUUGUAAAUGCUUCAGCAAUGUGAUUGCAACUAAUUUAUUUUUGAGGUUUUGUUUACUUUGUACCUUUUAUCCAUACUUUUCUACUAACUUAUCACGAUUGAUGUAUUGCCAGAUAGCUUUUUUUUUUACAAUUGAAUUCAAAAUUUAUAUGAAGGCACAUGCAAUGCCACUUUACCUCAUGAUGAUUAACAAGCAGGGGGAGUGUUGCCGUAAAGGUUUAUAACCACACACUAAACUAUGAAGACAAUGCAAAUAAAGGAUAUAUACAGUACCUGUCA